GUGUCACCAAACAACAGGCGCCACGUGGCCACAAGCCACUUCACACCUAUCGGGGGCGCAACUAAUGGGGGGAGAGAUGGAUAUGGAAGGGGAGCUAAAACAUCUAGCAGAAGAAUGGAUUACCACACCGGAGGAGGGAUGCAAGCAGAUGCAGACGACAGUGGGGUUGCUUAUACAGUGGCAGCAUGAAGGGGGGGAGAUCGCUUGGGGAGCGAUCUCGAUUGACCAGUGGUUGGAAGAUAGGAUUCAGGAAUUGUUAGACAUCUUGUGGGAGCUGGAGGAUGGGCCGGAUCCCCGGCUUGAAGUCUACAUGGACUGGAAGGGGCGGGCGGACGAUAGGUUGGCUGCUUGCAGAACCCUCUUCACAUUGGGGCGAGAUUUACGCAAUCAGUUGGAGUAUUGGUAUGGAUUGCUGGCAAGUGAAGAUGAUUGCGGCGAAAACACAAAUAACAGCAACAACAUCAGCUACAGCAACAACAACGAUGGGAUGGUGUCAACAAUAACAAUGAUGGGGGGGGGCGACGUCCAAGGCUGCAGCAUGAUGGGAGUGAUACUGCAGGUGGACGCCGAAGAUAAGGGAGACGUCAACAACAACAACAACAACAACAACAACAACAAUAACAACAAUAAUAUCAACUAUGGCAACAAUAACAAGAACGAUGGUGCGCAGGGAUUGGGAUCUGGAGAAAUGGGCGAAAGGGUGGACAUGGAUGAUAAAGGUGGUGACAACAACAACAACAACAUCAAUAUCAACAACAACAAUAACAACAACAACAACGAUGAUGAUGGGGAAGGCGACGUUCACGGCUGCCGCAUGAGGGGAGUGAUACAACAAAUGGAUGCGUAUGAUAAUGGAGACGACAACAACAACGACGACGACAACAACAACAACAACAACAACAACAACAACAACAACAACAACAAAAAUGUUGACGGCGGAGGCGGAGACGUCCAUGGCAGCAGAAUGAUGGGUAAGAUACCGCAGGUAGAUGCGGCUGGAAUGGGGGUGGACACGGGAAACGGGUUUUCUGACUUCCUCCUUGUUACAUUUUUUGGCCUCGAUACGGAGUUGCUUCUCGUUGUCUGCCAGAGGAUAGGAGUAGGUUAGUCAGUGAUGAUUGGGUUGUCUGGCCCGCAAUACCAAUCAACACUAGGGUGGUGAUUGCCUCGCGGGACUGGUGGUGGGCAGUUUAGGGGUUAGAUUGCAGGAGGACGACCCUUCCCUUGCGCAGGGAAGUAAUCAAUCCCCCUGACAGAA